UUUUUUUUUUUUUUUUAUUAUUAUUCCGCCAUCGGCGCCCUUUUGACAUGGACCAUUAACACUGGCCAUGGGGGUUGAUUAUGCAUUGUCUAUUUGAGCUUGGUAGAGCGACUAGUCAGUAUAAAGAUAACCAAGAAUAAAUGAUGUGCCUGCUAUAAAGUAGAUACAAGUGAAAUAUCUCUAUUGAAAAAACCCCAUGGUGAACAAAUGCCGAUACACAAUAAUGAGGUUCAUGCUCCGCUUAUUUGCCCAACUUUCUUUUUCUUCUUUCUUGACCGUUUAGACAUGACCCAUCUGUUAGACGACUUUCUCAUUCAGGCAAAGCAACACAUCACCCGUCCUGACGAUACCAAAUCGCUCAUCAUUGUGACAGGCAAUGACUCGGCUGAUUUGGAUUCCAUAAUCUCUUCUCUAUUAUUCGCAUUUCUCAGUCAGCAAUCAGACAAUGCUUCUGUGUAUAUACCUCUAGUGAAAGUACCUGGUGAAGACUUGGCUUUGCGACCGGAAGUCAACUGGGUUUUUGAACAAGCCGGUGUCGACGUGUCAAACCUUAUCUGCAUUGAUAAGGUUGAUCUGGACGCCUUCCCUGAGACGACCAAGGUAGUGUUGAUCGAUCACAAUCGGUUAACGCCACCGUUUGAUGAGGCGAAAUGGUCGAACCGUGUAGUGGGCGUAUUAGAUCAUCAUGUCGACGAAAAAUAUUAUCUGGACUCUCCUCUUCGUCAAAUUUCGAUGGUUGGAUCAUGCAUGUCUCUCGUUAUUGUACACUUUAUGGAUGUGUUGCACAAUAACACUCAGUAUAAGCAUGCUAUCACAAAGCUAGCUUUGGCACCCAUUCUCGUGGAUACCAUCGGGUUGCGAUGGGAACUGGGCAAGACCACCGAAACAGAUGUCGAAGUGUAUGACUUUCUCGGUGGAUCCGAAUUUAAAGCAAGCGACACCAUGACAACAAGCAACGAUUACUACGAUCAAAUCGAGACUGUCAAAUCACGCGUACAGCAUCUCUGCUGCCGAGAUCUUCUUCGCAAAGAUUACAAAGAAUUUGUUGUGAAUGGUUAUCGUGUGGGUACCAGUUCAAUGUCGUGGUAUCUGCAGGCAUGGACGGAACGAGACGGGAUAGAGCAAAUGAUCGAAUCGACCUGGGACUUUGUGAAGGAGAGAAAAUUGGAUCUGGAAAUCAUUUUAACCUCGUACGAUCAUGCGAAAGAAACAAAGAAUGGUGUCUAUGAGCGUGAACUGGCAUUUUUCAUCGCCAAGGACUGUCUCUUGCCGAUAAAGAAAGAAAUGGAAGAUAUGAAGGAUGUUGAAUUGACAAGUUUGCCUUUUCAGUACGACAGUGAAAAUGGACGAAUCAGCUUUUACAAUCAAGGAGCCAUCAAAAUGUCACGUAAACAAAUUUGGCCGCUGGUGCAAACUUUGCUGGAAAAGAAACCACAUGCUUAAAAAUAAACUUUAUUCAAAAAGGGAUCUUCGUAAUGGCGUCAGUGGUCUUAUGUAUCAAUGGUGUUUAAUCAGCGA